CCCCCCCCCCCCGCCGAGCAUGCGCAGCCCCGGCGUGGCCCCCGCUGGAGAAGCUCCCUCCUCGCCCUUCGCGCAGCUGCCCUUCGUUUCCCCCCGUGCCCAAGCUUCUUUGAAGACGAUGCUCAGCGCCCGCUCCCUCGCAGUACAGAAGCAACCCUCCUUCGGCAGCGACGGGCACAACCACAGUUUCCAUGAGGGCGGCGGGCACAACGAUGCGGUGCACGUUGUUCAGGCCUUCAAAAAUCAUUCGCUUGUGAUUGCGUACAUCAUGGAGGUUGGUAUCGUAUUCCAUUCCGUCUUGAUCGGUAUCGGUCUGGGCACGGCCACCUCAUCCAUAAACAAUACCCGGACAUUGCUUGUCGCGAUAUCGGUCCAUCAAUUUUUCGAAGGCGCGGGUCUAUCGACGUGUAUCCUGGAAGCCCGCCUGCCCCGCAUGAAGAAUGCCAUCAUGUUCGGCCUUUUCUCCAUCACCACCAGCUUGGGGAUUGUCAUAGGCAUGGGCAUCAGUAAAAUGUACGACGAGGAGUCCCGGGAGGCGGCGCUUGUAGAAGGCAUUUUUAAUGCUUUUGCCGCAGGCAUUUUGAUAUACUUGGCGUUGGUGGAUAUUUUGCAGGAGGAGUUCAGCAGAAGAGAAGUGAGACAGCACAAAAUUUGGCAGAUACAAAUGAUGAUGUGUGUUUUGUUGGGGGCGGGAGCGAUGAGUGUGAUUGCGAUUUGGGCGUAAGCUGAUAGAGCGGUGCGUGGAGGGUGAGCAAAGGGUUCGGAAGAAAAAACGUCGACUGCUGACAUGACGGAUGUCGAGGAGGAGGAUAGUUGAAUGGAAUACACAAAGGAGCUGUUGAUAUUGACAAGGAGAUUUGUCAACAUCCUGGGGUUGUUAAUAUAGCAUGAAUAAUUAUGGAAUGGCGAGCACCUGGGGAGAGUAUUAGUGGCAACAGAGGCAUAGUCGAAGGCGCUUAACUUGAGACGAGAAUUUUACUCCAAACAUUUUAAAGCGGAUACAUGUAUGAGGUUUCGAUUAAUACAUAGUGACGCAGAGGAAAGAAGGCUGAAGAAUGGUCCGAUGAGUAAGCA